ACAAGAGAGUGGAGAAGAAACAAAUGGAAUCUGCUCUAUAAAUUCCCAACGCUACUCUCUCUCUCUCUCUCUUAAGCCCUAAAUGCCGUUCCCCUCCAUUUCCAUCCUCCGCCACCUCCCUCAGCCGUGCCUCACUCCACGCAACAUCUCCCUCCGCCUCCUCUCCCUCGCCGUCACCGCCAGACGACAAAACCCUAGCAACAACCCAUCCAGAAAGUUCCAACAGUCGAGCAAAAACCUCCUCAAGGCCCGCCAGAACACCGCCAAGCACUACUCCAACCUCGCCCCCAUCCUCUCCCCCGACGACCGCCCCCACCUCUCCCCCAGCCAAGCCCUCGGACUGGUUGCCGCUGCGCAGGCCAAUUUCAUGCGCGUCAUCGUCCAGUCCGAGGGCUCGCAAGACCACAACAAUAACAAUGAUAAUACUAGUCAUAACAGAGUGGGGGUUGAGCUGUUGUGCGUGGUGAGGGCGCUGUUGAAGAAGAUAAAGAGGAGAGUUCUGGUAGGUGACAAGGUGCUGGUGGGGUCCAUUGAUUGGGUGGACAAGAGGGGCAUGAUUGAGAAUGUGUAUGAAAGGAGGUCUGAGAUCCUGGAUCCUCCCGUGGCGAAUGUGGACCACUUGGUGGUUCUGUUCUCGAUGGAUCAGCCGAAAAUUGACCUGUUCGCGCUCACUAGGUUUUUGGUGGAAGCUGAGUCGACUGGGAUUCCACUCACCUUGGCUCUCAAUAAGUCGGAGCUUGUUGAUCAAGAGUCACUAGAGGCAUGGAAAACUAGGCUUCGCAAGUGGGGCUAUGAACCAAUUUUUUGCAGUGUUGAAUCAAAACAUGAACUCGAUACUCUUCAGUUCACUUUGAGAGAACAGACCUCUGUAAUCGUGGGUCCAAGCGGUGUAGGAAAGUCUAGUCUGAUCAAUGCUUUGAGAAGCCAUAAGCCAGUUCUUGGUGCCACUGAAGUGGAUAACUGGUUUGAUUCUAUGUUAGACAGCAAAUGGUUUGAAGAUCAGCGUGUUGGAGAAGUGUCAACAAAAAGUGGCAAGGGGAAGCAUACUACUCGCAAUGUCUCUCUACUUCCGCUAUCUGGAGGCGGGUAUCUUGCUGAUACUCCUGGGUUUAGCCAACCUAGUUUAAUGAAAGUAACAGAGCAAUCACUUGCCCAAUAUUUCCCAGAGAUCCGGAGAAUGCUAGAGGAUAGUGAACCCACAAAAUGCUCGUUUAACGAUUGCUUGCAUGUUGGUGAACCGGGUUGCGUUGUAAAUGUUGAUUGGGAAAGAUAUCCAUACUAUUUCCAGCUGCUUGAUGAGAUAAGAAUCAGAGAGGAAUUUCAGUUGAGAACAAUUGGAACCAAAAGAGAGGGAGACGUAAGAUACAAAGUGGGAGAUAUGGGUGUCAAGCAAGCUGAACCAAGGUUGGAGCGUAAGAAGCACCGGAGACAAUCUCGCAAGACGGUCAACCAGUCAAUAAUAGAGGAGCUGGACGAACUUGAUGACGAUGACAACUUGCUAGAUGAUUCCAUACUAAGAGCCUUGAGGCAUGAAAGCCAGUAGGAAACAUGUCUCAUUCUAUAAGCCAUGCAUAGUUUCUUUACCUGUAGAUCAAACAAAAUAAUAGGAAGAACACAUUGCUCUACCCCGGUUUACCAUGGAGGUUGAGUGGUUCACAAAGUGCUAUGGGAAGAGAUGAGGAUUUGCCUUUAGAAAUGGAGCAAAGCACUUGCUCGAUGAAAGCUAAAAUUGAAAGAAGGUUGGAUACAGAGAAUCAAUCUGCAUACGACGGUUUUACGCACUCAUGCUCCACUCAUAUGGCAGAGGUGCGAUUGUCAACACUUGCAAUCUAUAACGAAUGCCUUAGAGCCUACAGUUUUCUUUUACACUACACUUGUAUUGAUUUGAAAUCGUAACAUUUUAGUUUCUGUAGUGCCUUGGUCCUUGGAGAAUUGAAUCCUGUGUACAUACCUAAACCUCCUACUUAGUAGGCUUCAAUGGCAAUUUUGUGCAUCCUCACUUUGCUUUAAUGGAAUAGAACCGCAUGCCUUUUUAUGGCUUA